CACAACACUAUAAGAAAACUAGGACAGUUUUGUAGUGGCUCAUCUAAUCUUAUCUUCAAUCUUUCACCACUUCAGAUCACACACCAUGGAUUUCCUUCCACAACCAACACUUGUAGUGAUAGUUAUAACUAUUGUGCUUCUCUACAACAUAUGGAGGAAAAAAAGCAGUACUAUUCACAAAAUCAAGGGUCUACAACCCCCUGAACCCUCAUUUGCCUUACCUUUGAUUGGUCACCUCCACUUGCUAGGAGCAAAAACACCCCUUGCUAGAAUCUUUGCUUCUCUGGCUGAUAAGUAUGGCCCCAUCUUCCAAAUCCAUUUAGGAGCAUACCCUGCGCUUGUGAUUUGCAACCAAGAGGCUAUAAAAGAGUGCUUCACUACUAAUGACAAAGUCUUGGCCUCACGCCCAAAGUCAAGUCAUGGUGUGCACCUUAGUUACAAUUUUGCAGGGUUUGGAUUUGCCCCUUAUGGCUCAUAUUGGAUAAAGCUUAGAAAGCUUACCAUGCUUGAAUUGCUCUCGGCUCGCCGCCUCGAAUUUCUUAGGCCUGUUUAUGAAUCUGAAAUUGAUACUUUGAUCCGGGAUCUUUGGAUGUAUCUUGGAGGCAAAAGUGAUGUUAAGGUCACAAUAAGUGAAUGGUUGGAACGCUUAACCUUCAAUAUGAUCACAAAGAUGAUUGCAGGGAAAAGGUAUUUCAGUUAUUUGCAAGAUGUGGAUGAUGUAGAGGCACAUGGUAUAGUGAAACUCAUAAAGGAGUUCAUGCAUAUAUCUGGGGAAUUUGUUCUCUCGGAUUUGAUUCCACUUCUUGGAUGGUUAGGUGUGCAUGGAACAGUGCUUAAAAAUAUGAAACGAAUUGCAAAAGAUUUGGACACCCUUGUGGGAGGUUGGGUCGAAGAGCAUAUGAAGAGUGAUACCCUGACCAACAAGUCAUGGGAGAAACAUGAUUUCAUUGAUGUCAUGCUUUCUGUUAUUGAGGAUGAUUCUGUCUCUGGUCAUACCCGUGAUACUAUCAUUAAAGCAAACGUUAUGAAUCUUAUGCUAGCGGGGUCAGACACAACAUCCACGACAAUGACAUGGACACUAGCCAUGUUGAUGAAGAACCCGCACGCUUUGAAGCGUGCACAAGAGGAGAUUGACCAUCAAGUGGGUAGGGAAAGAAGAAGGGUGGAAGCACGUGACAUCAAAGACCUAAUUUACUUGCAAGCAAUUGUCAAAGAAACUUUAAGACUAUAUCCUCCGGGGCCAGUAUUGGUACCCCACGAGGCAAGAGAAGAUUGCAACAUUCAAGGCUAUCACGUGCCAAAAGGCACACGUGUGUUUGCAAACGUGUGGAAACUCCACAGAGACCCUAGCCUUUGGUCAGAGCCCGAGAAGUUUUCACCCGAGAGGUUUAUUAGUGAGAAUGGAGAACUUGAUGAGGUUCACCAUUUUGAGUACUUGCCUUUUGGGUCAGGGAGAAGGGCUUGCCCUGGAUCCACUUUUGCCACACAAGUGUGUCUCUUGACACUUUCUCGGUUGCUCCAAGGGUUUGACUUGCACGUGCCAAUGGAUGAACCUGUUGAUUUGGAAGAAGGGUUGGGCAUCACCUUGCCUAAGAUGAAUCCAUUGCAAAUUGUUCUGAGUCCGCGGUUACCCAGUGAGUUUUAUCAAUGAGAGAGAUUGUUUAAUUUUGUUGUGUUUUUCCUUUGGGUACGUAUAAGUAUGAGCAAUUGAGCAUGGUGUCUUUAGAGAAGGGUAUUUAUAAUAUGCACCCUUUAUCUGUUAUAUAUUUGUCAUGCCUAUCAAAAAAUAAACUUGAUUAGAAUAGAAUUUUAGUCAUUUCUUUCAACUUUUAGUUUUAGUAUGGUUUACAAAGUUUAAAACAAUCAUCCCCGUCAAUUUUUUUGUACUA